UGUGGCGGUUGUGGUGGUUUGACAGUUUGCCUUCGACUCGCGUCAACUGGAUGAAAACGAGGAACAUAUUCCUUUCCCGUUGGUCUUUGCCACCAACAGACUCGCCCACUGGGACCGGGAAGUCGCCGCCCUCCGACUGAGAUGGAGGGGAACAGCACGACCACGUGAGCGUUUGAAUCAACAUACAAGCUGUAUGCUCUCAAUGGAAGAGGUGAUGAAAUAUGAAGUCCAUGGAAAGCCAAAGCCCAUAAGAUUUCGAAGAUCUAGCAAGGAAUACUCUAGAUCAUUUUUCGAUCAUUGGCAGAAACCUUUGCCGUUUCAUUCAAUCUUCUGCAAGGAAACAGAUAUGAAUGCUGAUGCAAAUAUUACGAAGAGAAAGUGCCCUCUUGAAGCAGGAGAAGAACAUACUGUUGCGAGUAGUUCGUCUCAUGAAUGCAUGACUCGACCAUGUGCUUGCCCUGAUCCUGGCAAAUCAAAAGAAAUGUGUGUCAUAAAGAAAGUUGAAAAUUGGCUUCUGGGCAAGUGUUUGGACCCUGUAGAAACUGAGGACAUGGAUGUUGAUGAUAUAGAAGUUCUUCCAAGUAUGCCAAAAUGGCCCCCAAAUGUAAAUAAAAGACCAGAGCUGGAGGAACAUGCAGAGUCAUCUUUACCCCCUUCAGCUCUCUUAAAGGAAAUUGAAGGUGCCCUUUAUCCUGUUUACUAUCUUAAUGCUAGAAUUAUAGACAUUGAACCUAGACAGUCGGAGUUACAGUUUGUUCGAGGGCAUUGUCAGUAUUAUUCAUGUAAUGCAACUGUCACACAUAUAAACUGGGCUGAAGCAGGACCAUUAACAUUUGGAAAACUAGUAAGACCUUAUUGCCCACAGUGCUGCCAAAUAAGGCGGAAGAGGUACUUAAACUUGUUUUUUCAUCUGGUACUAGUUGUUGAAGAUAACUUGGGUGGAAUUACUAAAAUUAUUAUAGAAAGAAAUGAGGCAGUUCAUUUCUUUGGACUAACGGUUUACCGAUUUUUAACCGAUAGUAAACGAAGGCAAAAGGUUAAAGAAAUGCUCGAAAACCUUCUGCAAGCAAGCAGUGCCCCUCGUUCUGCUCCAGUUCCUGGCCUCACAUUUGAUGUUCGCAUCAUGCCUAUUGCUCAAGACAAAAAUGAGGCAGUGAAAUUUUACAUGUAUGGGGACAAUCCACCAUUAUUUAUGCUAGACAAAAUGUCUAGAAGUUAGAAAAAAGUUCUAGUAAAGGUGAAACAAGUUGGCACUUCCUCUCUUUUUAUUGUGCAGUCAAGUAAUCAAAACAGCAUUCUGACUUUUUUUCAAACUUUUAGUUUUGUGAAUUGUUGAAGGUAUUGUUUUUUAUUCGAUGAAUAACAGCUUAACUGGAAAUGUGCCACAAAUGUUGAAUGUAGCACAGUGGAGAAAACUAAUGGAGUACGGUUUUUAUCUACUUUAAUAAUAAGCUGUGAUAUUAAUUAUUUAGUGUUACUCAUUUUCUGAGAAUUAAGAGGCCUAUGUUGUACUGAGCAACUAAAUUAAGAUGGCAGGUCUUUUUGUUGAUUUAGGUAGAAGAAAGAAAUACUGGGUUGCAUAAAGAUGUUGACUCCAGUAUUCAGUACUUAUACUUAUGGACAAUCUCUCACCAGUCAACGUGCAUGGCUUCCAAUGUUACCUUGCUAUGUGAUAAAAGUGGGUUCUGAACUCGAGUUUUUUUGCCUUCAAGAGUAAAUUAGCGAGUUCUUUCAAAAUGUCUGUUCAUGUUAGAUUUUGUACUAAGUAUAAAUUGUUAAAUGUCAGUCCAGACCGUUUCUAAUAAUAGUGUUAAAUGAUUCUUUAAAGCCAACCUCUAAACUUGGAAGAAAUUAAAGGACUCUUCUUAGUGUA